AUGAUCUUCCGAUUGGUUUGCAAUGCAAUUUUCUGCUUCAUUGUACUCGUAGUUUCUUUCUCCUGCGGUCUUGCUGAAAGACGAACCGGGUCGAAGAAAGGAAGAAGCAACCAAAGAAAAAGCCAUAGGUUUUCGGACUACUCACCUUUCGCGAAGAAAAUGCUUUACAUUGCCAUGGUACUACUCCACUUAUUUCUGGAACUACCAGCCCAAGCAAAGAACGAGAAACUUGAAACGACUUCGUCGUCCUCAGCGACCGUUACACCACCGCUAGAUGUGACGCCCACCGGAAGCUCCACCGGAAGUAAGUGA